CUUGGGUUAAACGUUGUGUACUACAGUUUCGUUACAACUAUUGUGUACUACAAACUUGAUGACAUUUGUACUGCAUAAAGGACCCACGUAAAAACAUAUAAACCAGACCAGCGAUACCAUUAGAAGAAAAAAAAAAGCAACACUUUGACUAUUUGACAACAUCAUCUGCAUCCUUACGAAGAAGCUGAACCAGGUAAGAAUAUGUGAUUCUGUCGCAAGAUUCUUUCUUCUUCUUCUUCUCUCUUGCCGACAGUGUACUGCAGAGCCGAUGAUAUUCUACUCUACUCUUUUCUCCUCUCCGGCGGACUUGCUGCGACAUGAGAUCGUCUUAUCUUCAAUCAUUUUUCAAGUUAAUAUUUUAUUUUUGUACAUAUGGUUGCCUUCUCGGAUAUUUUCUUAUACAGUACGGUAUAUAAACUUUGGAUUACAGAAAGGGUUUAGAAAAUUCGAAAAAUUAAAAUAACUAUCACUAAUUUGAUUAAGAAGUAACUUCUAUUUUCAGCUAUAUGAAUCAACUUCUAAACGCGGUAAAAAAAAAUCAAUCAACUUUUAAACAAGUGUUUUAGAUAAAUUUGGUUUAAUUUCUUUUUAAUUUAUUACUCCGUUAAUUUUAUUUUGGGGGGGUCAAAGACUCCGUUAAAUUAAUUAAACUAAACAUUCUUGCAACAAAUAAUUAAUUUUAAAGAAUAAAAAAAAACAUUAGAGAAUAUUCAGGACAGGCACAAAUAAAAUACACAUGUCUAUCUAAAUAGGCUUAUCCAUUCAGACACAAAAUAUGUGACAAACACUCUGCCACUUCACAACACAGAAUCCAAAACCAACCAAUGACAACGCGUCUCUCCAGAUAACUCCUUUCUAUGGAUUUUGCUCUUAGAGCCAUUCAUUGCUCUAUCUCAUUCUCUUCCUCACUCAUAAAACUCACAAGUCACACAAUCUUCAAUACCAAAGGAUAACCCACCAAAAAAAAACAAGCCUUUCACUAAGACAGACCAAGAAUCUUCAUCAUGGCUUCAGUAACCUCAGCCACCGUCGCUAUCCCAUCAUUCACCGGUCUCAAAACCACAAUCUCCAAACCCUCAGCCAUCGUCAGACUCCCCACCACAACAUCACGUACCCUCACCGUGAAGUCAUCUCUAAAAGACUUCGGUGUUGCUGCCGUUGCGGCUGCAGCUUCCAUCGCUUUGGCUGGAAACGCCAUGGCCAUCGAUGUUCUCUUGGGAUCAGGAGAUGGAGCGUUGGCUUUUGUCCCCAACGACUUCACAAUAGCGAAAGGAGAGAAGAUUGUGUUCAAGAACAAUGCUGGAUUCCCACAUAACGUUGUGUUCGAUGAGGAUGAGAUUCCGAGUGGUGUUGACGCGAGCAAGAUCUCUAUGGAUGAGCAAGAUCUGCUUAAUGGUCCGGGAGAGACUUACGAGGUUGCUUUGACUGAGCCUGGGACGUACAGCUUCUACUGUGCGCCGCAUCAGGGUGCUGGUAUGGUUGGUAAAGUCACCGUUAACUAAUAAAUUGUAUGUGUGUAAAAGUGAAAGAGUGACUAUGAGCCAUGUAGAGGCUUUUCUUUCAGUCUUACAUAUGAUGUUUUGUACUUUUAAAGAGUGUUGAAUCAAAUGGACCGUGAUUUGUUAUGAUGUCAGUAUACUUGUUCCAUUAAUGGUUUUUCUUGGUUUAUGAAUUACUUGUAGAUUUAUCUCUGGCUCUAAAGCUUUUUAAGAAUAUGAUAAAUUAAGGUGGAAAGUGUAUAACAACUCCGUUAUAACAUGUAUGUAAAACCACCCCAUCUGCGACUUGUAUAAAUCUAGCCUGUGUAAAACUAGAUUUCUACAUUACUUGUAAAACUAGAGUACGGUGUGAUUCAUCUACAUUCAUAUGUUUAGAUCCCUUUAAAAC